AUGAAGCAUCUAGCUUUGGCUCUUUUUUUAGCUAUUCUGAUCCACCAACAAGGUUUUCCCAUCCAUGUUGAAGCGGGUGAUGGCUUCAUCAGAACCAGGGGAGUGCAUUUUCUUUUGAAUGGCAGCCCAUACUAUGCAAACGGCUUCAAUGGCUACUGGUUGAUGUAUGUGGCUUCUGACCCAUCUCAGAGGUACAAAGUUUCAUCUGUUUUUCGUGAAGCAACUAGCCAUGGGCUCACAGUGGCUAGAACUUGGGCUUUCAGUGAUGGAGGUUACAGGCCUCUUCAAUACUCCCCUGGCUCCUACAAUGAGCAAAUGUUCAAGGGGUUGGAUUUUGUUAUAGCUGAAGCCAGAAGGUAUGGGAUUAAGCUGAUAUUAAGCUUGGUGAACAACUAUGAGAGCUUUGGUGGAAGGAAGCAGUAUGUGAACUGGGCUAGAAGUCGGGGGCAGUACCUUACAUCUGAUGAUGAUUUCUAUAGAAACCCUGUUAUUAAGGGUUACUACAAGAACCAUGUAACUACUGUUCUUAGCAGAUAUAACAGCUAUACUAGAGUUCAUUACAAAGAUGACCCAACAAUUAUGGCCUGGGAGCUUAUCAAUGAACCUAGAUGCACAUCAGAUCCUUCAGGAAGGACUGUUCAGGCUUGGAUAAUGGAAAUGGCUUCUCAUGUGAAAUCAAUAGACAGAAACCACUUGCUGGAAGCUGGUCUAGAAGGAUUUUAUGGACAAGCGAUACCUCAGAGGAUGAGACUCAACCCUGGUUUCAAUAUAGGAACAGACUUUAUUGCAAAUAAUCGAAUUCCCGGCAUCGAUUUUGCAACAGUUCACUCUUAUCCUGAUCAAUGGUUGUCUAGCUCAAAUGAUCAAAAUCAGCUCUCUUUCAUGAACAACUGGCUCAACACCCACAUCCAAGAUGCACAAUACAUUCUUCGAAAGCCGGUGUUCAUCACAGAAUUUGGGAAAUCUUGGAAAGAUCCUGGUUUCAACACCUACCAAAGAGACUUGCUCUUCAACACUGUGUACUCCAAGAUAUACUCUUCAGCAAGAAGAGGAGGAGCAGCUGCUGGGGGCCUAUUCUGGCAACUUCUCACUGAAGGCAUGGACUCGUUUGGUGAUGGGUACGAUAUAGUUCUGAGCCGGAGUCCCUCAACUGCAAAUGUAAUUGCUCAACAAUCUCACAAGCUCUAUCAGAUCAGGAAGAUUUUUGCCAGGAUAAGAAAUGCUCAGAUGUGGAAAAGGGCAAGGGCCAUUAGAAGGGCUGAAUGGUUGGCUAGAAACAAAGGCAAGCGUAUAGGAAAUUGA